AGGGACAGAAAUCAGUUCAGAGCCUCCUUGUCCUUGGCAGGGGGCUUCACACAUCAUGGGAAGUUUAGUGUUUCUGGCGCUCUCGCUCGGGGUGGCACUCGCUGCGGGUGCCGCUAUUCCGUUGGACGGCGCCAACAGUCCUACAGUAGUGACUACAGAUAGAUUAUCGCCCAUCGCAUCUUUGAAAGCGCCAGAAGAAAGUUCUUCCGCCAUAACGUUGACUGGUAGCUCACAGGCGGCCACGGAUGUCCCCGAAGUAGAGCUAGCGGACCUCGAAGUCCUCGUGCGACCAAAGAGAAACUUCUACGGGAGGGGCGACCCUUGGGGCAGAGACAGGAUUUUCGGACGCAACCGCCAGCGCAGCAGAAUAAGUCGUGCGAAGAAGUACAACCGUGGCAAAAUGAGGUAUUUCAGUGGAAGUAGGAGACGCUCGAAUAACAACGAACACAACUACGACAACGAGAGCUCUUCCCCGAAAUACGGAAACACAGGUUAUGUCGCCAGGACCGUCGUCAGUGCGCCUUCGUCCGGACCUCGCAGAUCCUCCGGGGGAUUCGUCUCAGCCAGGUCGUCAGGAGUCGCGAGAGUGGAGCAGACCGGCUAAGCUCGUCCUGAAUUCAAGUCCAAAUAGUUCCUUGCACUAUAGUAAUCAUAUUCUCAAAAGGUUACUUAAGAUGUCUAGACAAGCAUAUUCAUAUAUUAUGAGUAUCAUUGAUUAUAUUUACAUACUUUUGUAAUCCUUUUCUCUCUGAUUUUUAGAGUAUAUUUUUUCAAAUCUUUUAUAAAGAGGUUUUAAUACAUUUUAUUUAUAACACUGCAAUGUUAUAUGCUUUUAUACUUUUAUAUAUUUCCAGGCCUGGGAAAUGUUUGUUACGAUCAUGAAGCAAAUAAAAAGUAAAAAAU